AUGAAGAUCUCUUUCAUCACUGCAUUCUUGCUCCCCCUUCUUACUCUUGCGGCUCCGGCUCCAGCAGACCCUCCUGCAAACAUCCAGGUCACAGCACGACACCCCGGCAGGAAGCAUGUCGACAAACUCCCCAUGCAGGCUGCCGGAAGAGCAUUCUGGCUAGGCGGAUCGCCAGCAACUUAUUGUCCAGCGGUUGUCGGCGACGCCUGUCCACCAGGAAAUGCCACCGUUAUCCUUGGAUUGAACAGCAUGAGCGUCCUCGUCCCCGGCGGCCAACAAAUGUACGUCGAGCCAAGCGGUAAACUCGGCUUCACUCAGGCACAUUCUAUUUCUAUUCCGCCAGGAUCAUAUAUCGGCGGCUUUGCCUACAAGCCUCUUAACAGGAAAAGUGGCAGCUUCUACUUCGGCGGUUGGGGUGCCACUGCAUUGAUGGCAUGCCCUGUUCCAGACUCGAAGUUUUAUCAGGUAUUCGCCAAUAUCAAGAACGCCAUGGUCCCAGGAGGAGAUGUCAAGGAAUGUGUCGAGUUCGUUGGAGUCGCAACAAAAUAUGAGGGCGCCACCCCUGCUGCCUGGCAGUACACCUAA